GCGACGCCGCACCAGACGUACGCGUGAGGACGCGCCUUUUCGUAGCACCGCAAUCAAACGUCCCUCGCGAUCGAAUUCGUGCAUACCGAACCAACAAAAUUUCUAACAUAAACUCGUGCGAAUAAUUGUUGAAGAGUAUAAAAGAAAAAAAAAGGAAAUAGAAUAUUUCAUAUCUUGAGGAAAACACGAAAGACGCUCUUUUUUUUUGAAUUCUGGAUCUCGCAAUCGUUCGUGAUCCAACGGGACAAAUUGAAAUUUUCUUCUGCAGGAAGAGAGAAGAAGAUUGAGGAGAUAUUGAAAAGAGAAAUAAAUUCAAAGUCGGUGCACCAUAAAGUGCCUUUUUUCCUUCUGUUUAUUUCGUUUCGGAGGGGCUUCGUUGGUCCCGCCCCUCUGGGCGGCUCCUGGCUCCCGGAAGUAUCUUCGACACGAACUGACGGACUUCUUCUCGCAGUACCAGCUCGGUACCGGUCGGCACAAUGUUUUCCUCCUCGAGGCUUUUCCCGCCGAUUUUCUUCGCCGCGCUCUUCGUCUGCAUCGGGGUCGCACACGGUAUCAGAUGUUACCAAUGCGGACAGUACAACGAGGGAGUCGGCAGCAUCACGCCGUGCAUCAAUUACACCGCUCACAUGCAUCUGAAGGAAUGUCCAUCGUCGGUCGAGUGGUGCAUCAAAUACGUCAGCGAGGGCUCGACGGUGCGUGACUGCGUCCCAACGUGCGUCGAAAAGGAGGCCUGGAGCACGAGGACGUACUGUUGCCAGCAAGAUGGCUGCAAUUCGGCACCUUCGUUCUCCAGCAGCUCCAUCGUGAUGCUGGCUGCGUCGAUGGUCCUGCUGGUGGUCGGACGAACCCUUCGUGGCUAAUACGUCGCUAGAGGCGACGAGGAACCGCAAACGGAAGCACCGGGAUCCAUCUAACGCGAACAACAAGGUCGGAGGAACGUUGCAUCGCGCGUUUACCAUUGAAUCUGGCCAUCUUGUUGCUGACUGGAUGCUGACCUGUCGAUAGCUGUCGUUGAUCAAUCGCUAAAAUUAAUUUCGAAUCACAUUUAUAGCACUCAUUUUUUCCAUGUUAUUAUUUGUAAAGAAUCUCAAUGGACGGGAGUUUUGAUCAUUAAAGAUUAAUAUGAAA